AAAAGCUACAAAUGGCAAAUGUGAAUAUAAGUGUCCACAAAAUAAAGUCUACAAGCCUUGUGGGCCAACUGUCGUACCCACCUGCAAUGCAAGAUACAAUGAGAAGUCCCUGAAGCAGUGCCAGGGGGAGGGAGAUGACCAGAACACAGGUUGCACUGAAUUCAUGGAGGGAUGUUUCUGCCCAGAUGGAAAGACUCUGUUCAGUCCAACUUCCGACAUCUGUGUCUCUUCCUGUUGCACUGGUCCUGAUGGACAGCCUAAACGG